AUGGACUACUUCUCAUCCGAAAUGAACACCUCUCUUAUGGAAGUGGACUUGGAAAUGUCUUUUUUCCCUGAGGCUGAAGCCAACACUUCCGACGCACCAUGGCCGGAAAAUCACACGGAGGACUUCACAUUUGACCUAACUCCCAGCAUAGCCGACCUCCCGAUCCCUGUUCUCUAUUGCCUGGUCUGUGUGGUGGGACUGCUUGGCAAUUCCUGGGUGAUCUUCACCAUUGUCCGACAGAAGAAGAUGAGGACAGUGACCAAUAUUUACAUCCUGAACCUGGCCCUGGCGGACGGCUUGUUUAUGUUGGGGUUACCAUUUCUGGCGUUGCAAAUCGCUCUCCGCCGCUGGCCUUUAGGCCCCUUAUUGUGCAGAUUGGUGAUGAUUUUGGACGGCAUUAACCAAUUUACCAGCGUUUUCUGCAUCACGGCGAUGAGCAUGGACAGGUAUGCGGCCGUUGCCUACCCCAUCGUAUCUUCUAGGUUGAGGAGUCGUAGUCUGGCAAAGAAAGUCAGUGUCAUCCUGUGGUUCAUCUCCCUCGUACCUGUGAUCCCCAUGGCCAUUUAUUCAGGGGUGGAUGACAUUUCAGAGAUGUGCACCUUAAUCUGGCCGGAGCCCAGCUUUGUUUGGAGAACUGCCUUCGUUGUGGGUGCCUUUCUGCUGGGAUUCGCGUUACCUUUCACCAUCAUCUCGCUCUGUUACAUCCUGUUGCUGGUAAAGAUAAAGACCACGGUGGGAUAUUCGCACAGCCCCGCGGCAGCGAGGUCGGAGAAGAAGAUUACCGGUAUGGUGAUUGCCAUAGUGGCGGUCUUUGCCAUUUGUUGGCUCCCCUUCUACACCCUCAACAUCUGUGCGGUCUCCAUUUCCGUCUCCUGGACCUUCUCCCUGAGGAAGCUCUUCGAGUUCACGGUGGUCCUCUCGUACUUCAACAGCUGCGCCAACCCCAUCCUCUACAUCUGCUUGUCGGAAAGUUUCGGGAGAGCCUUCCAAAGCCUGCUGCGUCCCGGGCUCGUGCUGAGGGAGAAGAUCGCCGCAGGUCACCAGAUGACCGAGACUCAGCCAACGGCCUCCGAUGGGGAGCUGGAGACCGUGAUCAGAUAGCGGAGCGCUUCCCGUCGUUGGCCGCCCACUCCCGUAAGCCGAUUCCCUACGUUCUCCGGUCCAGAAUUGUUGCUAACUUUGGGAAGCAGGGAGCCGAGGAACCUCUCGUACAACUGCAGGACUCCCCCACCCCCACAGAGAAGGACUGCGACAGCCGCAAA